GCUGACCGGCGGGAGCGCUGCCAUGAGCGGGGCCCGGCGCCUCGCCCAGGGAGCUCUGUCGUCCGGCGGCGAGCACUCUGCACCGAGUGUCUCUUGUCCCCUGCAGCACGCUGCCAGCUGGUACCUCCCUCCUUUCUGAAGCGUAACUGAGGAGGGGGUGGAAGGCAGAGGAAGUUUGGUGUUCAGUUUUUUUUCUGUAGGCUUUGGAGAGGGAUUCCCUUUGCGUCCCAGCGCGGAGGGCUGUAGGACAGGGUGCGGUGGCGGAGGGGAAAGCGGCACAGCCGGGAGCGGCUGUGCGGAGCCGUGCCCCGCCGCCGCGUACCUGGGGUGCUGGAUGCGAGCUCCGCGCAGCUCCGCCGAGCGUAGCGGUAGCGGCGCGGCAGAUGCAGAUGCGUGCGUGUGUGUAUGCUUAACCCUUUCUUGGCUCCUCGGAUUUGUACCAUGCUGAAGAUCCUCACCAAAAAGCUCAGGAACCAGAGUUUGAACGAAAUUCAACCUUUCCAGCUAAAGAUCUCCUAUCCCCCAAGUGAUGAGGACAGCGAUGACUCUGAGGGAGAGAACCAGGAACUUGCUCAGAUCGACAGAGAGAGAAGACGGAAUUGUACUCUGACUCCUCUGGCCACCAACCAGCUCCAGAACCAGGAAAACCAAUGCUGCAAGGUUCGGGCCCUCUUCCAUGCCAGCCUAGACCGCCACAGCUCGGAAGAGGAGCUGGAGCGCAUCAACCGAGAGUUUGCCGCCGAGAAGCGGAAGUGGUCCCAGGUCAGCCGGCUCACCUGCUGCAGCGAUGGCAACAACGCCUCCUCCAGUGACGAAGAAGUGAAGAACUUGUGCGCCAUGUCCUUCCGGCCCGUGGCAGAGCAGGGUGAUGGCCUCCACGCCAGCCCGAGCCCCGUGCUGUUCAGUGCCUCCCCUCCCAAGAGACUCCAGCCCCUGGUGCGAAGCCCGGCCUCCGGAUCUUUAAUCCUCACAAGUGUUGGGGCAGGCCUUGAGCAGGUCAUGCCUUGUAAGAGACAUCGGCAAGGAUAUGGGGAUAAGGUCAGCAGGCCCAGCCUUGACCUGGAAAAAAUGCAGCAGAAGAUGCUACUCAAGAAGAAUUGUGGAGCGAAGACUAGACACCUUGAAGCCGCUGAGCCCGAUAGCUCCAGUGGAAGAACCGUCAUGUGCCUACUGAAGGAGUUUCUCCAGAAAACCUCAGGAACUAUCAACCAGUGUCCUGCCUGGCAGGGAGAAGGGGAGGGCAAAGCAAACCAGUCAGGUUCACAAACCACAAGAACUGCCACCAAGGCAGUGUCAAACAUGAGGAUGGUGGCAACUGAAGAUAUCCAGGAGGUGUUCAGGGGUUAGUAUAACCUGCAUGGCAGCAGGGAUGAGUGAUCAAGCUGUGAAACCAAAUCCAGUCAGUUUCCCAAGGAUACCUGGGUCUACAGUGCUUUGCUAUAGACCUGGCACUUCUCCCACUCACAAGUGAGCUCAGGACUGGAGAAAGAGGCUAUGCAGAGCUGCUUGCAAAACAAGAAGAUCCCUCUCUGAGAUUGUUACAAUUGCAUUCACAUCAAGCUCUCUUAAGUGGAAAACCCUGGGAUAGGGAAGUGUCUGGAGGAGUAACUGGCACAUUUAGCUGUGCAUUCUAGAUGAUCUGCUGGCAGUUGAUUGAUACUGUUCAAAAAGAGAUUGAAAUGGGAGAGUGAGACAUCCAUAUGUAGAUCUGGGGUUAGAAUAAAAUUCUAGAAUUGGAAGGUCUGUGUUGAGCUAUCCAGGAAAAUGCAGUGCCUACCUUCAGUCCUCUCAGCAUCAUCAAAGAGAGGAACUUGGUGGUGACUUGGUCUCUUCUCUGCUGAGGCAGUGUGUGUUCUGGGACUAUGUAACACUUCUCCAUAGUAUUGUCCCACUAUAUGAUGGUGAAGGUAACUGGUACCACCAAACCCAAACCAAUUUAAUGUCUCCAGCAAGCUUUCCACUCCCCCUUUUUAGGCUAGCUAUUAAAUUCAGGUACACUCUUCUGGUAUCAGUGGGACAAUGUUCCCAGAUGAAGCAAGGAGUGGGGAGAAAGUCGAUUUUGUGGCUGUUGGUGUAAGAAACAGGAGGGGAGUUUGAGUGAAGGUGGGGGACAUUUCUCCACAGACAGUUCUGGGGCUGUUGGGACCAUGCUAGGCCUUGCUACCACUGGUGUUUGGCUGGGAUCUGUCCUUGAGGCAUGUGCGUGUUUUGUGCCAAAGGCAGGAGUUAAUAGAACAAGCUCUUGCCUCUCCUGUUGAGGCAGAGGAGCAAGGCCUUUCCUCUUGCUGCACCUGGUGGACAGAGUAACCUCUUGGUGUAGGCAUUGCCCACUAUGAGCCUGUAUCUGAGUGUCAGGGCAAACAAGUAGUUUGUCCAGAUCAGGAGGAGCAACUGUGAGUAAUACAAAAUAAUUUUUGGGUUUUUAAAUCUGCCUUAGUGUAGAGUCUUUGAUGCUGCUCUUUGGUUGAGACCAGUGGUCAGUCCAGCUGCCAGUAGGAGGCUACCCAGUGAGCUAGUCUGGGCCUUUCACUGAGACCCCUGGGGAAAGUCCAAAGGCUGUAGGCUUGGAGACCUGAAUCCCCCACCCCCUCUCUUCUCCCUAACUCCUGUCAUUCAGGCAGGCAGAGCAGCUGGGCAAGGUGGUGAGGGGAUGUCUGUCCUGAUGCUGCCCCAGCUCUGCCUGCUGUUUGGCUCCAGACUGUGACAGCUGGGCCACCCCCUACACCAGCAUCACCUCCAGGAGGUUACUUGUGUUUACUGGUGAGGGACCUCUGGCAGACCAUCGUGGUUCCCUGCAAGUCUCUAUUUCCAAGAGAGCGCAGUUCCUCUGCUGAUUCCUCCUGCCCUUGUAGAAAUUCUGCUUUAUCUUGUUUUGAUGGCACACCUCAGCUUUUUAACUGCUGCCAGAUCAAGCUGACCAGUGCAGGACAGGAAGCAUUGCUCCUUUGGACCAAAUCCCUGUGCUCAGGAGAUGGGACAGCCAUAGCCUGGUACCCAUCUAAGAGGUACAUUCCUUGUGCAAAUGGCUGGGGUGUCUGCCCCUACAUGGCCUUGCAGCCUCAGGCUUUGCUCAGCAAGGGCUGCCAAGGUGCUGGGGCCCAGAGGUGUGCUCCUGCCAGCUAGCAGGUGGGGCAGGCUGCCUUGCCCCGUGUGGGAGCGGGGAACAGGGAUGUCCUGCGGAUAUUGUUGCCUUUUACUACUUUUGUAACUUUUCUGUCUUUUCUUUUUCAAUCCGAAGGAAAAAAAAAAUUAAAAUCCACAAUGAAAUAAAGUGUAA